UCUCAUCUCAAACCACCACCAAACAACCAAGGUGUAUUGUUCCUUGAGCACUUCCAUGGAUUCCGAGAAGCCCAACAAGAUCAUGGAGAUUGUUAGGCUCCAACAGAUGGUAAAGAAGUGGAAGAAGCUUGCUGUUGCACCAAAAAGCAAUAGCAAGGGCAUCAAGUUCCUGAAGAGGACCCUCUCCUUUUCGGACACUUCAUCAGCAUUUUCUGGGGACAUCCCAAAGGGACAUCUAGCCAUCUGUGUUGGAGAGGAGAUGCAGAGAUUUGUGAUCCCAAUGGACUAUUUGGGUCAUGAAGCUUUCAGAAUCUUGCUUGGAGAAGCAGAAAAGGAGUUCGGCUUCCAGCAGGAAGGCGUCCUCAGGAUUCCAUGUGAGGCGUCUGUGUUUGAGAGCAUAUUGAAGGUGAUCGAGAAGAACAAGGAAGGACCCCGCUAUUGUUCUUCAAAAGCUGAGGUUGCCAAGUACCAUCAACCACCAAAACCAGUGUGCAGAUAGAUAGCUAAUGGCUAGAGAUGAUUCUUCUCCCCCCCAAAAAAAUUCUCUUUUCCCUCCUACCUUUUUCGAAGAGCAAAUGCCUAGUGCUUUGAGGUGUAUGCAAAAUACUAGUAGCAAAAGCAA